ACCCGCAGGUUGUGCGCGCGCCUCUCUCUGUCCUCUUCUUCCCGCGCGCGCGCGCGCGUGGGCGUGUUCUCCUGAGCUGCGUCGUCGUCGACGUGCGCGGCGGCGGCGUGUGGGCGUGUGGAUGGUGUAGGCGGAGGUAGCUGGUGAUGCGUCGGUGAUGGCGCGGCCGUUGCUGAAGAUCGGGCACGGGCUCGACAGGUUCAGGCGGCGGAGGUCGGCUUCGUCGGCGUCGUCGUCGUCGCCGUUGUCGUUGGCGUCGUCGGACGACGAUAUGGGGAGCCCCAUGGACCCGGCGAUGCCGCCUGCGGCUAGGCGGGCGCUGUCGAGGAGCUGCGGGUCGAGGGGGAGGCUGUCGUUCGAGCUGCCCCCGUUGGCGGGUGGCCCGUCGGAUAAGGAGGAAGCGCCGAGGCCGUCUUCGUCCGCACCGGCGCCGGCGCCGACGCAGGCGAGGCCCGCCGUGCUGCAUGAGGGCCCACCUUCAGAUGCGGAGAUGGUGAGGGAGAAAUUCUCGAAGCUUCUCCUCGGGGAGGACAUGUCCGGCACCGGGAAAGGGGUGUCCUCUGCUCUCGCUCUCUCCAACGCCAUCACCAAUCUUGCAGCUUCCGUCUUUGGCGAGCAGCGCCGCCUCCAGCCGAUGGCCUCCGAUCUGAAGGCGCGAUGGAGGAGGGAGAUCGACUGGCUCUUGUCGGUUACUGAUCACAUCGUCGAAUUUGUCCCAUCAAAACAAGUCUCAGAGGAUGGAACCACCAUGGAGAUCAUGAUAACUCAGCAACGUCAGGAUUUACAGAUGAAUGUCCCUGCAUUGCGCAAACUUGAUGGAAUGCUCCUUGAAUAUCUUGAUAAUUUCAAAGACAAGCAGGAGUUUUGGUACGUGUCAAAAGACGCAGAUGAAUCGGAGAAGGGCAACACUCCAAGGGAGGAUGACAAAUGGUGGCUCCCAGUUGUUAGAGUCCCUCCUUGUGGUCUGUCAGAUGCAUCAAGGAAGUGGCUUCAAAAUCAGAAGGACCUGGUCAACCAAGUCCUGAAGGCAGCAAUGGCCAUCAACGCUAACGUCCUUAUGGAAAUGGAUAUUCCUGAAGCGUAUAUAGAGUCCUUACCCAAGAAUGGGAAGUCCACCCUUGGAGAUUCGAUGUACAAGAUCAUAACCGAUGAUUAUUUCGAUCCAGAAGAACUCUUAGGAUCUGUGGACUUGUCAGAAGAGCACAACACCGUAGAUCUUAAGAAUCGAAUUGAAGCCUCGGUGGUCAUUUGGCAAAGGAAAAUGGUCCAGAAGGAAGGUAAAUUGACAUGGGGUCAUGGUGUCAAAUUUGAGAAGCGGGAGCGAUUUGAAGCCAGAGCAGAGAAUGUCCUUCUUCUCAUCAAGCACAGAUUCCCCGGCAUUGCUCAGUCAGUUCUUGACAUAAGCAAAAUUCAGUACAACAGGGAUAUUGGCUUGGCUAUUUUAGAGAGCUACUCCAGGACCCUUGAAAGUUUAGCUUUCACAGUUAUGUCCAGAAUCGAAGAUGUUCUUCAUGCUGACUCCAUCACACAAAUUUCUACAGCCCAAGAAUCAAUGAGAAUGGCCAGUUUAUCAGCAGAUGACACUGAUAAGGUUGUCCUGGAUGCUAAGGCUGAGGUAGAGAGACUGAGAAGAAUGGAACCAGUUUCGGCGACACUAUUCGACUUCGUCGGCCCUCGAGAUCAAGAAGUUGAGGCGACGAAGAUGGACUCACAAGACAUAGGACGCAGGGAGGAUGCUCAUGGUCGAAAGCUAACAAAGGUCUCGCCAAUUGCAACUAAGAGGUUUUCUUACCUAGAAAAACUUGAGACUUUGGGUGGAACAAGAAGCCCAAUAUCUAGGCACUAGUUUAUGUGUAGGGGGGAAAGACAUAUGGAUGAUGCAUGCUUCUGCAGCUCAUUCAGAAAAUACAUGUGUGUAAAUAGCUCAGAUGGUUCAUAGCAUCAUGAGAUGCAGAAUCGAACAUGUACUUACCAGUGUGAGGUUUGGCAAAUUUUAGCCAGCUUCACCUUCAUUCCCAUGGAAGCUUGGUGCACAAAGCUAUGA